CCCAGGCAGCAGCGCGGCCAGGGGAGGGCGGAGACGCAGAGGUGGCCGAAUGCCGCGUGGGGCAGGUCAGCGAUCCAGGCCGGGCAGGGAGGAGGGCGGUCAGGGCCUCAGGGCCGCCCCCAAGGCCCCAGACGCCGGCCCUGGGCCGAGGGGAUCUCCAUGGUGGCCCGGCCUCAGGCUGGACCCCUCCUUCCUGCGGGCUGCGACAGGCGCGUGCCCGAGCUACGGGUCGCCGGCGAAGUCCCAGGAGGGCCGCGCGCGCCCUGGAUGGCGAAUGAUGGCCGCGCUUCACCCGACCCAGCCCGCCGGGCCUAGGGCCUGAAACUGCUUCUGCCUCCGCCUCCGCUCUGCGUCCUCCCCAGCUGGAGGAAACCUGCAGGCCCUCGCCCACUGGAGCUCAGAAGAGCCAGACGCUGUCGAUAGCUUCAGAGGUCCACGCCUGGGGAGGCCCCCAGAGAGAGGCGGGACGCUGCGGCCACAGCAACCCCUGGGCUCUGGACGGGGAGGAAGGCGGGCCUCUGCAGACAGGGCUGAGACGGGGAGGGUGCGAGCGGGGGACGGUCAAGUGGGGUGUCUCUUCCAAAGCAGACCGGCCGGCGAACGAGGCCCGAUGAAGAAAGGUUCUGCUGCGCGAAGGUGGCCCAUCCCCAAUUCGGCCCGGGAUGUCCUCAUUGACCUUGAUGCCUGGAGCUUCCAACUCGCCCCCACUAGGCCCUGGGGGUCCCUAGCCAGGGAGUGGGACAGAGUGAAGGCGCUGAACCGUUACUGCCGUUCACAGAUUUUAGGAGAACUCUUGGCUACUGCCAACUCCUCAAAAGAAGACCAGAAAAACCUGUUGAUCAAGCAAAGCACAGCUCCGUCAAGGCUGAUGAGGCUGCCAGCACGGCUCCCUUCCACCUUGAUCUCUGGUUCUACUUCACCCUGCAGAACUGGGUUCUAGACUUUGGCCGCCCCAUUGCCAUGCUGGUGUUUCCUCUCGAGUGGUUUCCGCUUAACAAGCCCAGCGUGGGGGACUACUUCCACAUGGCCUACAACAUCAUCACGCCCUUUCUCCUGCUCAAGCUCAUCGAACGGUCCCCACGCACCCUGCCGCGCUCCAUGAUCUACGUCAGCAUCAUCACCUUCAUCAUGGGCGCCAGCAUCCACCUGGUGGGUGACUCUGUAAACCACCGCCUGAUCUUCAGCGGCUACCAGAACCACCUGUCAGUCCGCGAGAACCCCAUCAUCAAGAAUCUCAAGCCAGAAACGCUGCCCCUCGCCCUCUGCCCCUGCCUCGCCUCUGCCGCCCCCAGAUCGACUCCUUUGAGCUGCUCUACUACUACGACGAGUACCUGGGCCACUCCAUGUGGUACAUCCCCUUCUUCCUCAUCCUCUUCAUGUACUUCAGCGGCUGCUUCACUCCCACCAAAGCUGAGAGCUCAAUGCCAGGGCCAGCCCUGCCCCUGGUGGUGCCCAGCGGCCUGUACUACUGGUACCUGGUCACCGAGGGCCAGAUCUUCAUCCUCUUCAUCUUCACCUUCUUCGCCAUGCUGGCCCUUGUCCUGCACCAGAAGCGCAAGCGCCUCUUCCUGGACAGCAACGGCCUCUUCCUCUUCUCCUCCUUUGCCCUCACCCUCCUGCUCGUGGCGCUCUGGGUCGCCUGGCUGUGGAAUGACCCCGUGCUCAGGAAGAAGUACCCGGGCGUCAUCUACGUCCCCGAGCCCUGGGCCUUCUACACCCUCCACGUCAGCAGCCGACACUGAGUCCGGAGGGGAUCGUGGCACCCCUUCGUGUGAGGCUGAUUUCAGGUUUCUGAGUGGCCGCCGAAGGCAGAGUUCUCACGCGCUUGCACUGUUCCCUGAGCCGCUCACUAGGGGUGGGGACGUCGUGAGGCUCUUCAGUCAGCUUUGUCUCAGCUUCAGUCUCUGCCUGCCACCAGCAGGCCUGCUCCCAGGAAAGGGGCCCUCGUUCCCCAUGGGAUGCCCCCCCCCCGCCUCCCCCGAGGCACUGGGGCCCGGUCUCCUCCCUUGGCUGCGGACCCUCGGCCUCAUUUCCCAGCAGUGCUGGCCUGCGUGUGUGCAGGGGUCUCGGGGGCCUGCCCCGCCUCCUCUCCUGUGCUCUCAGGGAGCCCUGUGCCUCAGAGCCUCCUUUCACCCCGCAUGCAGUGAUCCCCCAGCCCCUGUCAGCCCCCGUCUGCUGGCAGCAUCAGGGGUGAGAAGUGUGACUAAAGGCGGUGUGGAGCCCAGCCUGGCUGGCUGCUGCUGCUUCUUACUUUGGGAGUGAAUUUGGGAGGCAGGAGGAGGGUGGUCCCUGGAGCAGGGGAGGGAGCGGCUGGUCUGGGGCCCAGGCAGGAGCCCUGGGCUGACCCCAAGGGCCCACUCGGCCCUGUGUGGCUGAGAGCAGGUGUUGCCACUGUCCGCUGGCCCUCCAUGCCACUUGGUACGAUCCUGCGGCUGGGGGUCACCUCAGGAGCAGGAAGGGCCUCCUCUAGGUCCCAGCUCUCUUCAGAGGAGUCUGGGGGAGGUCACAGGGGUGGGGACCAGCAUAGGGCAUCUCCAGACCUGCCCCUCAGAGAUGUCCCACUGAGCCUCCCAGCUGUGCUGCCAGCCUGUCCCAGGGGCUGGAGCAGAGAGGGUGCCCUUUGGGGGAAGGUGGCGAGCCUGGUUUGUGGGAGGUUGGCACUUAGCCUUGGGCAAGUUGUUUAAUCCCUUGGGGCCUCAGCUCUUGAUCUUUGAGGGUCUCAGCCUCACCACACAGCCACCAGGGGCUUUGUGGGCUACCGUUACUAGAAAACACAGGGGAGGGCCACGCUGAACAGGAGACGCAUCAUCGUAGGCCAUGUUGUGAUGAGAGAAACACCUUUUGAGGAAAGCAGCUUUGUUUUUCAGGCUUGCUGCUGAGGCAUGUUACAGCACGGUAACCCUCCUCACACCCAGAGUGUGGACAUAAAGACUGUAGUUAAGGAUUCCCACUUUGCUUUUCCCAGGCACCUUUUAAAAUAACCACUCAGCAUUUAAACCCAUAAAAACCUGGUGACCUCCACCCCUACCGUUUUAUGAUAGGUGCUUGGUACCCUGCUCUCUUCUCCCUCAGGACCUGGGACGGAGGAUGGUCCUUCGCCUGGCUCAUUGCGCCCCCUGGCGUCUGGGAUCUGG